AUGGUCCUGUUUGCCAUCGUCAAGAGUGCUAGACUAAGAAGUAUGACCAACUUUUUCCUUGCUAACCUUGCCGUUGCCGAUUUCUGCGUUGGUUUAUUUUGUGUGUUGCCUAAUUUAUAUAGGUUUCUCACCCUCACGUGGAACCUUGGUAGGGUGAUGUGUAAACUGUAUUACUUCGUCUGGAACAUGUGUUACACAGCGUCCAUAAUUAUACUUACGGCGAUCGCGGCAGAACGUUACAUAGCAAUUCGCUAUCCACUUAGAGCACGACGAUUUUUUACGUUGCGCAGACUUAUUAUUGCGCAGACCUUAAUCUGGACUAUAGCAGGCCUGUAUAACGUGCCCUAUCUAUUCGUGUUUGAUAUUGUUGGUGGCAGCUAUUGCUUUUACGACUACACAAUAAUUGAUAUGAAGGCAUUAACAACCGUCAAUUUCAUCGUCUGGUACGCCGCUCCUCUAAUUGCCAUGACGUACAUUUAUUCCAAGAUAGGAACCGUUCUUUGGGUUGUUGGCUCCUCAAAUAAGGCGCCUGUUUUAGAUAGGAGGGCGGCCGAUCCACAAGAAAAUUCCCAAUCCCAUUACACUAGCAGUUCCAGUGGCUCUGACGGCAUUGUACAACGGUUCACAUUUAAAUUACACCAUUAUACACCAAAGAACAGGAUGUUAGUUCACUGUGAUUGUGCUAGGUUAUCACAUGAGAGUUGCAGGAGCUGUCUUGAUACUGAAAACGUUGACGGGAAAUCGUUCAGCUGUCGACGAAAGGAAAACUCUGAGACUUGUUUCUGUAUCGAUCGGCAUUGUCGUAAUGAAAAUUCCUCAUGCUCAGAAAAGCUUGAAGGUAACGGUGAUUGUUCAUCGUCCGCCUCGCAUCAAUAUUUGGAUAUAGAACUGGAAUAUAAUGCAUGCGGUUCAAAGUUUAAAGGGUUUUCGGUUCGGAAUAAACAGAAUUCCAGGGAAAGUUUGUCAUUCCGCUCACGUAGUCAUGUUCUGUCGACUCCAACACGCAUGAACUCCACACGAGCCCUGAAGAACAGACGGAAGGUCAUUCGUCUCCUGGUCACAAUAGUGAUUUCGUUCGCUGUGUGUGUUCUUCCACACCAUGUCCGUCUACUACUUAAAUACUGGCAAAUAAGGAUUCCUGGUAACGGGAGUAUUCUUUCGCUCGUGUCAUUUCUGAUCCUUUAUCUGAACAGUGCAUUAAACCCUAUACUCUACGCAUUGUUUUCAAGAAAUUUUAGAAAAAGUUUCAAAGAAAUUGUUCCUUGCAAGAAACGUUUUUCAUCUAGGGGCCUUCAUCAAGACACGAAAUUUGGCAGUUUCUGA